CAGUGAGGCAGCGCCAUAGUCACCGUAGUCCUGGCGACUGUAACCCACCAACAACAACCUCUCGCUCCAUCAUUACCACCUCCUCCACCAUCCUCAUCUUCAUCAACCAGUCCACAGCUCAGGCGCCAUGCAGACCCCUGAAGCAGGCGCUGACUCCACCUCCACUGUCCCUCUUCAGACCACCGUGCCUGUCCAGCCUACAGGCUCCACCCAGCAGGUGCCUGUCCAGCAACAGGCCCAGACUGUUCAACAGGUUCAGCAUGUUUACCCAGCACAGGUGCAGUAUGUGGAGGAAAACAGUGGCGUCUACACUAAUGGCAACAUAAGAACCUACUCGUACUCGGAGCCGCAGCUGUACAGCCAGAACAGUGGAGGAAGCUACUUCGACACACAGGGAAGCUCAUCACAAGUGUCCACUGUGGUGACAUCUCAUGGCAUGACCAACAAUGGAGGAGGGGGCAAUGGAGGAAUGAACAUGAAUCUGGCGGGGGGUCAGGUAAUCAGCACCAGUCCUGGGGCUUACAUCAUGGACAACGCUGGAUCCCACCCUGUCACCCAGACGGCACGAGCUUCCCCAGCUACUAUUGAAAUGGCGAUUGAGACGCUCCAAAAAUCUGAGGGUUUAUCCAGUCAGAGAAGCUCGCUGCUCAACAGCCAUCUCCAGUGGCUGUUGGACAAUUAUGAGACAGCAGAGGGCGUAAGUCUACCACGAUCCACCCUCUACAAUCAUUAUCUGCGCCACUGCCAAGAGCAGAAACUGGACCCUGUAAAUGCAGCCUCUUUUGGCAAACUCAUCCGCUCCAUCUUCAUGGGACUCCGUACAAGGCGCCUUGGGACAAGGGGGAACUCCAAAUAUCAUUACUAUGGUAUACGUGUGAAACCAGACUCUCCACUCAAUAGACUCCAAGAAGACAUGCAGUACAUGGCCCUCAGACAGCAACCUGUUCAGCAGAAACAGAGGUUCAAGCCGGUGCAGAAGUUUGAUGGCUGCUCUGGGGAGACUUACUCAGGUGGAGGCCAGCCCCAGCCUGGUGCCGAAGAGCAAACGGUCAUUGCACAGAGUCAACACCACCAGCAGUUCCUAGAUGCAUCGCGGGCACUCCCUGACUUUGUAGAGCUGGACGUGGGACAGAGCAAUACAGAGAACAUCAGCCCAGAGGAUGUGAAAGCCCUCCAGUCCCUUUACAGAGAGCACUGUGAGGCUAUCCUGGAUGUGGUCGUCAACCUCCAGUUCAGUCUAAUUGAGAAGCUGUGGCAGACAUUUUGGCGUUAUUCUCCCCCUGACUCUGUAGAGGGGGCCACUAUAACAGAAAACAGCAGCUUAAGUGAGAUUGAAGCACGGCUGCCCCAUUCACAGCUAUUGGAACUGUGCAGAAACGAGGCUGUACUCAAAUGGAUGAGCACCUGUGACCAUCUAAUGUACCAGGCUCUCGUGGAGAUCCUCAUUCCUGAUGUCCUGAGACCCAUUCCCAGUGCCUUGACUCAAGCCAUUCGCAACUUUGCCAAAAGCCUGGAAGGUUGGCUCAAUAAUGCCAUGAAUGCCAUUCCACAGAGAAUGAUCCACACAAAGAUUGCCGCUGUUAGUGCCUUUGCGCAAACACUGCGCAGAUACACAUCUCUGAACCACCUGGCUCAGGCGGCACGUGCUGUUUUGCAAAACACAUCACAGAUCAACCAGAUGCUGAGUGAUCUCAAUCGUGUUGACUUUGCCAACGUACAGGAGCAGGCAUCGUGGGUGUGUCAGUGUGAGGAGGGAGUUGUUCAGCACUUGGAGCAGGACUUCAAGGCCACACUACAGCAGCAAAGCUCUCUGGAGCAAUGGGCGGCCUGGCUGGAAAAUGUGGUCACUCAGGUGCUCAAGCCUUACGAGCACCGGACCAGCUUCCCCAGGGCAGCUCGACAGUUCCUGCUCAAGUGGUCUUUCUACAGUUCUAUGGUGAUCAGGGAUCUGACCCUGCGCAGUGCUGCCAGCUUUGGUUCCUUCCACCUGAUUCGCCUGCUGUACGACGAGUACAUGUUUUACCUGGUGGAGCAUCGCGUGGCACAAGCUACCGGAGAGACACUCAUGUGUGUCAUGGGGGAGUUCGACAGCCUCAACACCCUGUCCCUCUCUAACAUUGAUAAAGAUGAAACGAGCGGGAUGGACAGUGACUUAGAAGACGACAUAGAGGAGUCCGGGGAACCUCUUGCCAAGCGAGAGAAGUCGGAGCAUGAGGUGAUCCAGGUGAUCCAGGUCGGGGCACUAGAGGACGGGUCCCACCCUGUGGUGGGGGUCGUCCAGCCGGGUGUCCUCCACUCGCUGCCCCAGCCUCCGCAGGACCACACUGAGCACAUCCUAACCCCCUCCGCCGGUACACCCACCAUCCGCCACUGCAGCGCUACGGGCAACACCUACGCCUCCGUUUGAGGGUCUAAGGGCACGGCCUGUUUUUGCUAUCUCACUCUCCACAUAUCUCUCCCUCUGUAAGUCUAGAUGUUUCCGUCUUUUUCAUGCAUCGUCUCUGUCUGCACUUGUGUGUGGACACGCUCUCCUCUUCCUAUCUAGCCGGGUCAGUGGGGGAGUGCUGAAAUGAUGAUACUUUUGGCCAAGAUGUGCUGUCCGUGUCUGACUGCUUAGAUUCUGGAUGUGUUGUCAUCCCAUAAGUCUGUGCUCUAUCGCAAUGCGGCAGCUGGAGGAGGACUAAUUCGACCCGUUAAAUGUUUCCCGCAUAGGCAUGACUUAAAGCCUCUGUCUGUGUUUACAGACGGGUUUUGUCUUGAAGGGAAAUUCAACACUUUCUUACUACUGAUGUCUCAGAGCUCAAAUCCAUGUCACUAGUCCCAGUGGAGCAAAGUCAUCGAUUGACUCAAGACCUUCACCUACUGUAAAUAGUUUUGCUGUACUUUCAAUUGGUAUUACCCAAAACUCAUGGUGCUAUCAUUGUGUCUUUGUUUUGUUUUAAUUUCCAUUUAUCCCUCCUAAUUCUAGCAUGAUUUAUGUCCACAUGCAUUCAACUGCUGAGAAACGUUUGGCUGAACAAAAUAUUUUGAGUAUUGUAUGUAGCUAAAAAACAAAGGGAGGACUAUCUAUGUAUGUAUGGUGAUUUGGAAAAAAAGGAUCAUGGGGCAGUUUUGUCUGUUCUGUUUGAAAAGUAUAUGGUAGCCACCCACAGAUAACCACCUAUAGAUUUAAGCCACUGAAAAAAGGAAAACUCUGAAGAAAUAUCUGUGCUGCUACUUGUGUGUGUAUAGAAAUGAGAUUGAGAAGACCAGCUGUACAAAACCACUUCCUCAAUGCUAGCUUGUCUAUGCACUCCGUGCAUAACGCUUGCCUUUGUUCAUUUUAGACGCUCUGCAGUGCGGUUUACUUAACCAGCUGUAAUCUUGAAUACAACUUACUGGACAUGUUCCCCUGGGUUUUUUUUUUUGUUGUUGUUGUUAGGUUUAUUUGCAGUUUCUGUCUUAAUGAAAUUUCUUAAAUUCACAAAGGACCAAAAACAAACCAACAAGAGGAAGCUGAGAGUGAGCCACUUGGGCCACCUGAGAGCUGUUUCCUGUCCCACAGUGCCAUGUUGCAGAGCAGAAGGAAUGUCAGGGAUUUAAUGUACCUCGGCUUUAUCAUAGUGCCUUAUCCUUAAAUGCAGCUGUCCUUGUAGUCCUGACUGUGUGCUGUAGAGAGCCCACAGCCCCUCUGCAUUGUCCCAGCCACAGAUUUGGCUUUCUGGUGACUCGUGGCUGGAUUUGGGCUGGCUCGUCAGUGUUGAGACCGAGGGAUGCAGCCACAGACACACCUGUUGUUUUCUCUGGAUCAGCUCUACUAAGCUUAUUACUUAUCUGAAUCAUGGUCUUUAGCCUUGCUCCUGCCCUCACUCUGCCCUCUUGAGGCCUAUUCUUGCAUUAGCCUUUGUUAUUGGGUGAAGUGUGUGUGUGUGUGUGUGUGUGUUUGUGUGUGUGUGUGUGUGUGUGUGUGUGUGUGUGUGUGAACAUGGAUGCAUAGGUCUGCACUGUGUUUUUAUGUGCAUGUGUACAUGUGUAUAUACGCCUGUGUGUCCGCGUGCUUGUGUGUAUGUGUUGGAACACAUCCAUCAGUCACCCUACCUCAAACCAGUGGUGCCAGCCCUUUGACGCGUGCAGCACAGUCACCAAACCUUAUUGCACACACACCACUGUACUGCACAAAUCUCAACGCGAUAGAGAAAAACCGCAUUGCUUUUUCUCUCACCUCUGAUACAUUUCCAUUUCAGUUUUUAGCCCAUAAAAAAUGCUUUCAUCCUUUGUUCCCUGUUUAAAAGAUCAUCUUUGUACAGUGGACUAAAAGUAGAUAUUUUGUGAUAUUCAAAGAGAUAUAGAGAUAUAUAUAUGUAUAGGAUAUAUAAUGAUGAUACACUACAUAUAUUUGUUGCUUUAUAUGUGAUUGUUUCUUUUCGUAGCUCCUCUGUAAUUAGUUGAUAGACUGUGAAAUGGGGAAGGCAUGGGGACUAACUUCUGAUUCAUUAGACUACAUCUAUACUUGAACUGUUAUAGCAUUCUACUGUAUGUUGUGGCGAUUAUUGAGAUUAAUCCUCUGAAUAGGAACAUUUUAUGACUAAAAUGAUUUUUCUUUUGUUUUCUCAUGCUUGUUGAAAUAGUCUGCUCGAUUUCGCUGCAGCAAUGUUUUAUUUAUUGAUAUUUAUUGUGUUUUGGUUUAGAUGCUUACCCAUUAGAACAUAUUAUAAUGGGUACUACUGAUAAUGAAUCAUGAAUUAUACCACUGCAAACGGCAGACCUACUGUACAGGAGGACCAGAUGUUUAUUUUUAUUUUUUGUUCUUUUCUUUGUAAGUCAUGUAUGUUGAUUUAAGGUUUAAAAAAAAAAAAGAAGAAAAAAAGGGUUGGCACUGUAUUUGCUGUUAUCACUUCCUUUAGGCUGCACCAUUAGUCAUAUCACUCCUUCAGAUACUAGAAGUACACAGGAUCUUUGCCAUUUCUUUUGUGCUCGUUUAGAAAAACCUGCUUAGCAGUAAAGGAGGGUCGGAGAGCAAAUACUGCACGUCAUUAAGGUUACUGGGUCAGCGGACUCUCACAGAUGUUUUGUUAAAUAAAUAAUCAAUUCUGGCAAACCCAAAGACACAUUACACAUCUCAUAGACUUACUCUGCCAAUUUUGAAACGUCUGGCUCGCCAGAUCUAGGAAUUGGGCGCGUACAAAUCUGGAUUUCCUGUUCUAUUGCUUCAGAGCAGUUUUGAAAAGUCUGCAAGGAAAAAGGUCAACAAACUUUAAGUAGCUGGAAGUUGAAAGCCUGGAGGCAUUUAUUUUACAUCAGUCUGACCCAUAAUGAACUUUCUCCCUCUGACCUUUUUGGUAUUAAACCGUCAAAUGCAAGUUGGAACAACAACAGCAGAGAAAAGUGAUGAAAAUGUCCAAUACAAAAUUGAACGCAUACAAAAAAACUUAGAUCAUCUCUUAAACUUUCUGCACAUAAAUCUGUGUUCUCGUAAUAACUGCGACAAAAUCAGGUCCAUUCCCAAGAGCUCACUUGACGGACUCCAACAUGCACUGAGAAUGAUGUUAUUAAAAAAAAUGAUGGGGGUUCCGUCUGUGACUUCAAAUUUAAAAUGAUGUUGUAAAUCUGAAUAAUGUGUGCAUGUUAGGAGUGAAGGUUUUCCAGGAUACUUUUUCUUGCCUGUCAUUUUUACCUUUCUCCCACUGAAUUUUUUUUUUUUUUUUUUUUUUUCAAAUACAGAUUUCAUUACAUUUAGUACAACAUUGUAGAUGUAUUAUUUUGUGCCUGAAGUGAAAAUGGCUUCUAAAAAUGUUUUUCUUUUAAAUCUUAAUCGUGUGCUUUAGGAUCAUAAGUGCUUUCUGGUCUUGCACGACUACCUAGAAACUUUAUUUUCUCUUCCCCCCCCACCCCACCCCCUUUUUAUUAUACAUAGACUUUACGUGCCAGACAGGGAUCUUGCUUUCUGCAUCUCAAAGCCUGCCUGGUUAACACUGGACUGAUGCUAAUGCUGCCAACACAAUUGUACUUUAUUUCUCAGUGUCUUUGAAAUCGAGAAGUGAGAUUGUUUUUGUAACAGCUGUUUGCAAAGGAGCUUGUUUCGAACCAGAGAAAGAAAAAAAAAAUUCAUAAGCUAUUCCUUAACUUGUCAGAGGAGCUAAGAGAUGCCUCUUCACCUGGACAAAACGGCAGCUUCACUGACCCAUAGCAGACUCCAGUGCCUUUAAUUUCGCCCCGGCCAGAGCAGAUGGCCUGGGUGACUAUUGGGUCUCUGGUACAGAUAGAGGCUAUCAGAGCAGACAUUUCAUUGCACAGGUGCUGCCACUGAGAAGACACCAGGGAAGCAUAAAGACCUGUCCUUAGACUGGACUAUUUAUUUACUGGAUGUGACGCCACACACACACACACACACACACACACACACACACACACACACACACACACACACACA